AUGGUGAACUUUACAGUGGAUCAGGUUCGUGAAAUCAUGAACAAAACCAAGCAGAUCAGGAACAUGUCCGUUAUAGCACAUGUGGACCAUGGAAAGUCAACUCUAACAGAUUCUCUAGUUUCCAAAGCUGGUAUUAUUUCUAGCAAACAUGCAGGAGAUGCGCGUUUUACGGACACGAGAGCAGAUGAGCAGGAAAGGUGUAUUACCAUCAAGUCGACCGGUAUUUCUAUGUACUUUGAGCACGAUUUGGAAGAUGGAGAAGGAAAAAAGCCCUUUCUUAUUAACCUAAUUGAUUCCCCAGGACAUGUUGAUUUUUCAUCAGAAGUUACAGCAGCGCUAAGAGUUACAGAUGGUGCAUUAGUUGUGGUGGAUACCAUUGAAGGAGUGUGUGUGCAGACAGAAACUGUGUUGUAUCAAGCGUUAGGAGAAAGAAUCAAGCCAGUUUUACAUGUGAAUAAAGUGGACAGAGCUUUGUUAGAAUUGCAAAUGGAAGUGGAAGAUAUCUAUCAGACCUUUGCCAGAACGAUUGAAAGUGUCAAUGUCAUUAUCUCCACUUAUACAGACAAGCUGAUGGGAGACAUUCAGGUGUACCCAGAAAAAGGAACAGUAUCUUUCGGUUCUGGUUUACAAGGCUGGGCAUUUACCUUAGAAACCUUUUCUAGAAUUUAUUCCAAAAAGUUUGGUAUCGAGAAGAGCAAAAUGAUGCAGCGUUUAUGGGGUAACAGCUUUUAUGAUGCCAAGACGAAGAAAUGGUCUAAAAAUCAACAGGAAGGAUAUAAGAGAGGUUUCUGUCAAUUUAUCAUGGAGCCAAUUUUAAAUCUAUGUCAAUCCAUCAUGAAUGACGAUAAGGAUAAGUACACAAAGAUGUUGGCAAACAUCGGAGUUGAAUUAAAAGGAGAUGAUAAAAAUUUAACAGGAAAACAAUUACUAAAAAAAGCAAUGCAGUUAUGGUUACCAGCAGGAGAUACUCUACUAGAAAUGAUUGUUACCCAUUUGCCAUCCCCAGCCACAGCACAAAAAUAUCGUGUGGAGAAUUUAUAUGAAGGUCCAAUGGAUGAUGAAGCUGCCAAUGCUAUUCGUAACUGUGAUCCAAAUGGUCCUCUAAUGAUGUACAUAUCGAAAAUGGUGCCCACAUCUGACAAGGGAAGAUUUUAUGCCUUUGGUCGUGUUUUCUCAGGAACAGUUGCAACAGGACAGAAAGUUAGAAUUCAAGGUCCACAUUACGUACCAGGAGAAAAAACAGAUUUGUAUGAGAAGAAUAUCCAAAGGACAGUUCUUAUGAUGGGUAGGUAUACCGAACAAGUGCAGGAUGUGCCAUGUGGUAAUACCUGUUGUCUAGUCGGAGUGGAUCAAUUCAUUGUAAAAUCAGGAACUAUUACAACUUUUAAAGAAGCACAUAACAUUGCGGAUAUGAAAUAUAGUGUGUCUCCAGUUGUGCGUGUUGCCGUGAAGCCCAAGGAUAGCAAACAAUUACCAAAAUUAGUUGAUGGUCUUAAGAAAUUAGCCAAAUCAGAUCCAUUAGUUCUAUGUCAGACAGACGAAUCAGGAGAACACAUCAUUUCCGGUUGUGGUGAAUUACACAUUGAAAUUUGCUUAAAGGAUUUAAAAGACGAAUAUGCACAGAUUGAUUUUAUCGUUUCUGAUCCCGUUGUUUCGUACAGAGAAACUGUCACAGAAGAAUCCUCCAUCACUUGUUUGGGUAAGUCACCAAACAAACACAACCGUCUCUUUAUGAAAGCGUUCCCAUUAGCUGAAGGCUUACCAGAAGAUAUUGACAAAAACAAAGUAUCAGAUAAGGAUGAUCCCAAAGCCAGAGCAAAUUACCUACACAAUAAUUACCAAUGGGAUAAGAACUUAGCCUUGAAAAUAUGGGCAUUCGGACCAGAAACUAUUGGACCCAAUUUGUUGACUGAUAAUACCAGUGGUAUCCAGUACAUGAAUGAAAUCAAGGUGCACUGUGUAGCAGCUUUUCAGUGGGCAUCCAAGGAGGGAGUUUUAUGUGAAGAAAACUUAAGAGGUUGUGAGUUCAGAAUGUUAGACGUUCAUAUGCAUGCUGAUGCUAUUCAUAGAGGUGCUGGACAAAUUAUGCCCGCUUGUAAGAAAUGUAUCUACGCAUGUGAAUUGACUGCUUUCCCAAGAUUAGUUGAACCCAUUUACCUUGUUGAUAUUAGUUGCCCACAAGAUGUUGUGAGUGGAGUUUACUCAGUAUUAAACAAAAGAAGAGGUAUUGUUAUUUCGGAAGAUCAGAAGUUAGGUACACCACUACUAAAAAUACAGGCACAUCUCCCCGUCGCGGAAUCUUUUGGUUUCACCUCUGCAUUACGAGCUGCCACCUCUGGACAAGCCUUCCCACAAUGUGUCUUUGAUCACUGGUCUGUACUUUAUGACGAUCCAUUUGACUCCAACAAGAAUUCCUACAAAAUUAUCAUGAACAUUAGAGAGAGAAAGGGUAUUAAGGUCGAAAUGCCUCAGUUAGACAACUAUUUGGAUAAGUUGUAA